AUGGUGUUUGAGGAGUAUCAGUUCGCAAGCUACUAUCGUGGCACUGGCCCGUCCUUCAACGCUUAUCGUGACAUUCAAGAUAUCUUUCACACCCCGAAAGACGUCGAUAGCAUUGCUCAGCUGCCAGCCGAGAUUUUACUGCUCAUCGACUCUGGCUACUCUUGCACGACAGUCACGCCUAUUCUCAAAGGGCGGCCACUACAGUCUGCAAUUCGAAGGCUCGAUGUUGGUGGAAAGCUUCUAACAAAUUAUCUCACCCGACUAUUAUCUCUGCGCCAUUAUGAUAUGCGCAACGACACAUACAUUGUGAAUGAGAUGAAAGAGUCCGCUUGCUACGUUGCCCUGGACUUCAAAGGGGAUCUCGAGAAAACUUGGAAAGGAACUCGAGGCGAGAGACGGGAUGACUACGUCAGCGGCGGUGGUAUUGCCAAAGACUACGUGCUGCCAGACUUUCAUGCCCGGCCUAUGGGUAUUGUCCGUGAUUACGACCCGAUGGCAACCUCUCGCGCGCGGAAACUUGCUGCUGCCGCGUCAAACGAAGACAUUCUCACGCUACGCAAUGAGCGUUUCACUGUUCCCGAGCUUCUAUUCAACCCGUCGGACAUCGGUAUGCAGCAACCCGGUCUGGCCGAUUUGGUGAUGCAAUCACUUUCUGUCCUUCCAAUUGGCCUGUGGCCUGGUCUUCUUGCCAACGUUGUGGUGGUGGGCGGCAACUCGCUUUUCGAAGGCUUUAUUCAACGUCUCAAACAAGAGAUUGUCCUGCGUGUUCCGGAUGACUGUGUCGUUAGGGUGGCACGGCCAGCGGACCCAAUCACCAGCACCUGGUCCGGCGCAGCAAACUUUUCCAAGCAUGAGCAUGUGCAUCGCCUGGCUGUGACAAAACAAGAGUAUGAAGAGCACGGGGCUCAAGUUAUUGCACGCAAAUUUGCAGUUGGGUUAGGCGCAGACUAA